CCCGGCUCCCCAACCCCACCACGCCCCCGAACCCCUCGGAAAGUAGAGCACGGAAGCGAGGGACGUCUCGUGUGGGUUCCUCCAAGCUCCAGUCCCAUGGCCACUUCCACCGUUCUCCCUCUCCCGUAUUCUAUCUCUUUCCCUCUUCCUUCCUCUCGAUUCCGAAAGCUGAGGCCCUCCGCCUUCUCUUCCUCCCACUGCUUCGCUCGCCAAACCCCGCCCCUCAUCCUCCCUCUUUCUCGGAGGCUUCUCCGUCCGUACCUCCUCGGAGGGCGGCGGCGCGGCGGCGGUGCUCGGGCUGCCUACGUCUCUGCCCCGGCCUCCGAUCCCGACGCCAUCGACAGGGGCGCGAGCCCCGAGGCGUCCGCUCCCCAGGUGUCCUCCCCGGCCGCCGCCAUUAGUUGGGGCGGCAUCUGGUCUCUCCUCUUGCGUCACAAGCUAAGGAUGGCUAUUUCGCUGGCUUCUCUCGUUGGGUGCACUUGCUGCACCCUCUCGAUGCCCCUCUUUUCUGGGAAAUUUUUCGAGAUACUCAUAGGAAGAGGUUCUGAACCAUUGUGGAAGCUUCUUUCCAAAAUUGCUGUAUUGUAUACCCUGGAGCCAAUUUUAACUAUUGUAUUUGUUAUCAACAUGACUAUUAUGUGGGAGAAGGUGAUGGCAAGCCUCAGAGGCCAGAUUUUUAGGAGGAUAUUGAUUCAAAAGGUGGAAUUUUUUGACCGCUAUAAGGUUGGUGAAUUGACUGGUUUGUUGACAUCUGACUUGGGUUCUCUAAAAGAUGUUGUCAGUGAAAAUAUAUCAAGAGAUCGUGGACUGAGGGCACUUUCUGAGGUUAUUGGUACGAUAUGCUUACUUUUUUCACUAUCAACACAACUUGCUCCUGUGCUGGGGCUGCUGAUGGUGUCCGUAUCUGUUUUAGUAGCUAUAUUCAAGCGGUCAACUGUUCCUAUCUUUAAAUCUCAUGGAAUGUCCCAAGCGAGCAUAUCAGACUGUGCAACUGAAACAUUUUCUGCCAUUCGGACUGUUAGGUCAUUUGGUGGUGAAAAGAGACAAAUGUCUGUAUUUGGUAAUUUGGUACUUGCUUACCAGCGUAGUGGCAUAAAACUUGGAACAUUGAAGGCUGCAAAUGAAUCCUUGACUAGAGUGGUAGUCUACAUUUCUCUGAUGACACUUUAUUGUUUUGGAGGAAGCAAAGUGAAAGCGGGUGAACUGUCUGUUGGAACCAUGACUUCAUUCAUUGGUUACACCUUCACAUUAACCUUUGCUGUUCAAGGGGGUGUGAAUACCCUUGGUGAUCUUCGUGGGACCUUUGCUGCUGUAGAACGGAUUAAUUCUAUUCUGUCUGCAACAGAAAUUGAUGAGUCACUUGCUUAUGGUUUAGAUAAAGAAAUCCAAUCAAAAGAACUGGAAGACGUUAAUCUUGGAUCACUUUAUGGUGAUGGUUAUUCUGCGAAAAAUCAAGCUCUAAAUAUGCAUUACAUGUCAGCACUGAGAUCAGCUAGUGAUGGGUGUAGUCUAGCUUGGUUUGGUGACAUUUGCCUUGAAGAUGUGUACUUCUCUUAUCCUUUAAGGUCUGACGUGGAUGUCUUAAAUGGUCUCAGCCUGAAACUUGAAUGUGGAAAAAUAACUGCAUUAGUAGGACCUAGUGGUUCGGGAAAAAGUACAGUAGUACAACUUCUUGCCCGCUUCUAUGAGCCAACUAGAGGUUGCAUAACUAUAGCAGGGGAAGAUAUUCGAACAUUUGAUAAAAGAGAAUGGGCCAAGGUUGUGUCCUUAGUGAAUCAGGACCCAGUCCUCUUCUCAGUAUCUGUGGGAGAAAAUAUUGCAUAUGGACUACCAGAUGAGGAUGUCUCCAAAGAUGACAUAAUAAAGGCAGCCAAAGCUGCCAAUGCGCAUGAAUUCAUAAUCUCUCUUCCUCAGGGCUAUGACACACUAGUUGGUGAACGGGGAAGCCUCCUAAGUGGUGGACAGAGACAGAGAAUUGCUAUCGCACGAGCCCUUCUUAAGAAUGCUCCGGUUCUAAUACUCGAUGAGGCCACCAGUGCUCUAGAUGCAACUAGCGAACGCCUGGUGCAAGAGGCUCUUGAUCAUUUGAUGAAGGGAAGGACCUCAUUGGUGAUUGCCCAUAGAUUAAGCACUGUCCAAAAUGCGCAUCAAAUUGCUCUUUGUUCAGCUGGGAGGAUCACAGAGUUGGGCACGCACUUUGAGUUGGUGGCUAAGAAAGGUCAAUAUGCCUCACUUGUUGGGACUCAGAGGCUUGCAUUCGAAUAAGGAUUCAAGUAUUUCAUUAUUGCAGGAAAUGUAAAUAGGUCUAAAGGAGUUGUAUGACUCCAAUGAUGGAAAAUGCUGGAUAACCUACAUUUCUUGUCCAAUAUUGACCUCCAAAUGCCAUUGUUUCUGUCAGCUAACUCAAGAGGGUUUUGUAGAUUUGACCACAGGCCCAAAGUAACAAACAUAUGCAAAAUGGGGUGCAGGCCUAAAGUUUGCCAUCAUGUUGGCUGGAUUGCUUAAUCUGAUGCAUGACGAGAUUGAGAUACAAAAUUCUUUGCUUUUUUUUUAUAUUAUUUUUAACUUUUUGUUCCUUUUUGAAUGGUACAUUUUUUUCUGUAUCUGUCUAUGGAGACUGUAUCCGAUAGAUAAUCAUGAAACAAAUCAUACAUCUCAGUGGAGUUCGCCCAGGUCCUUACAUGGAGCCUUAAUCCCUGAGCCCCAUGCGGUCCAAAAGAAAAGGCAAUAUAUGAAGUUUUGCCAUAUUAAAAUAA